UUUGACCAGAUCCCAUUUCCAUUCACAUUCACUACAUAAGUAUUAAUGCACAUAUGAAUUAUGAUGAAAUGAAAAUUGUCUUCCCACAAAGACCAAAAGUACAAAAACAUAAAAUCCCAAAUGCCAUUCCAAACAGUCUUCUUCCUUCUUCUUCUUCACUCUCUCUCUCCCCCAUCAGCUGCAGAUUCUUCAUCUUCCUCAGGGCUAUGUCAUCCUGAUGACCAAUCUGCACUCCUUCAAUUCAAGAACAGCUUCUCAGAUCCCAAACCAUUCCCCACUUGGGACCCUAAAUUCCAUUGCUGUGGAUGGUAUGGAGUUGAAUGCAAUGAGACAACUAAUCAUGUCAUUGGCCUUGACAUUGCCACCAGUGAUCUCAAUGGCACCAUCCCCAUUACCCUCCCCAACCUCAAACACCUCCAGCACUUGAGGCUCCACAAGCUCCCCAAUCUUGUCGGCGAAAUCCCGCCCGAAAUCGGACAAUUGCAUCACCUCACUUACCUCGUCAUAAGCUGGACUAAUGUAUCAGGCCCUGUCCCUCAUUUCCUGUCCAACCUCAUCAGCCUCAGGUACCUCGUUCUUUCCUUCAAUUGCCUCUCCGGAUUCAUCCCGCCUUCACUGCCGACACUUCCUUACCUCUAUGCCAUCGAUCUUAGCCGGAAUCAUCUAACAGGGCCAAUCCCCGAGUCGUUCGGUCACUUCCCUGAAUCGGCAGGGCCUCCCGCUCUCGACCUGUCCCACAACAUGCUGUCCGGCGACAUUCCAGCCUCCCUGGCGAAUGUCAACUUCUCCGAAAUCGACAUUUCCAGGAACAGUUUAUCAGGGGAUGCCUCGGUGUUCUUUGGCCUGGGAAAGAUCACCAACACUAUCAUCAUUUCCAGGAACAAUUUCGAGUUUGAUUUCUCAAAGGUCACUUUCAUGGAGGACUUGGACGUGCUGGAUAUCUCCCAUAACAAGAUUUACGGGACCAUCCCUUCUCAGAUCAUCGACGCUGUCUACUUGCAGCAACUGAACGUUUCUUACAACAGACUUUGUGGAAAAAUCCCGACUGGAUGGAAGCUGAGAUAUAGAUCAGAGAUUUGGGACAACUCAUCCUUCUUACAUAAUCGAUGCCUCUGUGGAUUCCCCUUGGAUCCCUGCCAGUGAUCAUAAAUAAUCGAUCAAAUGUACCAAAUUGUAUUGCUUCCUCAAUAAAUUAUUCCUCCAAAUGUUCUUGCUGAGUGAAAAAUGUUGUCUUGUCAAUAAAAAAUCGAUCUUGUCCAAUUAA